GGAAUCCAUUACAGAAACCAGGAGAAGCUAUCAGCUAUUGCAAAUGCUGAUGGUCCAAGUGAUGAGGUCGCAGCAGAAGAGCUGAAUACUGUUCUUGGUGGUCCAGUUUUCAGAGAAGACAUAAAUGUUGGUAUUACUGUGGAUUUUAAACGUGCUAAUGCUCGACAAAUGUUGUUUGCACUCCAGGCUUCAUUCACUGAGGAAAAGUCUAGCUUCUUCAUUGGUGCUGGGAAAGGGAAGUGUUUCGGUGAUACCUGGAUAGGCUAUGGUAUUGUCAGCAUGAAGAUGGAAGAAUGUACAGGAAUCGGGGGAGCAUGGAAUGGUCAGCCAUCACCAAGCCACUGGGUGAAGUGUCACUUUGACUGGUGUCGUAUAGACAGCUGGGGAAUUAGGCCAGGGCUUGUACCCUCUAGGCCUGGUUUCUGUCCCGCUGGCACAAGGAAGGCGUAUGGCACAAUGCAGAUGCCAUUCACGAGCUGUAAGAACCUUGGUGGACGUGUCAAUGGGAACCCAUCCAACGAGGACUUGACAGAUUGUCACCUAGAUUGGUGCUUUACUGAUAAAUCAAAUGGCUUCCAAUACGUUCCUGCAACCAUUGGUACAUGUCCGGAUGAUACCCGCACAGGGGUGGGGAGUAUCGAGAUGAAGGGGAAGGAAUGUCGUGACAUGGGGGGCAAGUCCUACCCCAAGGACACUCCCCACGAUGCUGAAUGGACCCAAUGUAAUCUAGACUGGUGUGGCCUACCGGAUGAGGGGAUAUCAGGAAAUACAUCGCAGGUGAUUCACGUUGAAACACCUCCAGAUUACAGAGCGUAUUAUGUUGCCAAUCCUACAAUACUCAGUGGCCAUACUUAUAUACGCCUGGAGGUCAUGACCUGUCGGGGCGCUAUGAUCUAUCUCAGCCAAUCAGAAACUGCCGACCUCUCAGGUGUUUACCAUGUGGAAAUAGGUGGCACUAACAAUAAAAAAUCGUUCAUUGCAAUGGGUCAAAAUGGUGCUAAGAAAAUCUAUGUGGACACUCCGAGAAUCUUAAAGUGUAAUGAAUAUCGUCAGUUCUGGGUAAGCUGGAUGAGAAGUGGUCCUAAUAUGGUCAUAUCAGCUGGAAAGGGCUUGUGUCCCGGGAUCAACAGCUUCAUGACGUGGUCGGACCCCGCACCUGUGCCUAUCAGCUAUGUAGGGAUAGGUUCUUACACAGUAUCUGGGGGGAGCUGGAAGGUCUAUAGAGAUGUCGCACAUCCUGAUUGUCACCAGCAACAAGGACCCGUCUAUCUUUCCCCUAAGAGUCAUCCAAAUCAAAGGCUCGGAAUCGACUAUCAACAACGUGUUUUCUUCAGCUCUACCAACUUCCACCCGUUCUACUUAGUAACUCCCGGUCUCACUUCUGAGAACAACACUGUUUCCCUGGAGUCUGGAGAAUAUGGAGGCUCAUACAUAAGACACUACAACUACCGGCUAAAUAUAGAGCAUUACGACGAAUCACGAAACCCUCAUAUUUUCGUUAAUGAUGCAACAUUUACCCUCAGAACUGAUCAAUGGUUCCCUGGAUACUACACGUUUGAGUCAGUGAAUUUCCGCAACUAUUAUCUGAAGAAGCAGAAUCCAUAUCCUGUGAUUGGUCAGUUUGAUGGCAGCGCGAAGUUUAAAUCAGAGGCCAGUUUUCUUCUGACGCAAGAGUGUAAGCAAACUGUGCAAGGGUUGGGCUAUGUUGGAAGCGUGGUAGAGACCAGAUCGGGGAAACACUGCCAGAGAUGGGAUAGUCAGAUACCCCAUCCACAUAGCAACAACGACCCUGUGAAUUUCCCAGAUGCCACUCUUGACGAUGCAGCCAAUAAAUGUCGCAACCCUGAUGGCCAGCCAGAUGGUCCUUGGUGUUACACAACUGACCCUGAUCAAAGAUGGGAAUAUUGUGAUGUACCCCUAUGUGGAGGAGCCACUAGACCCCCUCCCACGACUUCACCCCCACCAUCAACACUGCCACCGCGAACAUGUCCAUCCUCUAUAGGACGUGAACCCACUGAUCUACCUCGACGUGGAGGAAACUGGGCACACUUGAUGACUGAGAACUACUUUCCCUGUGAUGGGGAAGUGUUUGCCUUUGACUAUUUCCGAUCUUUCCCCAGCACUAUGGCAUAUAUUUCCAUAUGGAGAGUUGCUCCAGGUAAUGCCAAGUACACCCUCGUAAAGAAGAUAGCACUUGAGUUUGCUGUUCCUGGUCGCCAUUAUGUCCCAGUUUCGCCCCCAGUUCCUAUCAAACGCUAUGAUUUCAUAGGAGUCCAUUACAGCAAGGCCUCACCACAGCCUGCCAUACCCAACUCCAGGGGCAAUGAUGGUACAGUGGAAGCAUCUGAGUUGUAUAGUACAAUCAAUGCUGCAAUGUUCAAUGAAGACCUCAAUGAAGGUGUUACGUAUGAUAUGGCAAGAUGGUCAGUCAUCGAGAGUACAUAUGCCUUGAAAGUUCUAACUCAUGGUGUAUGGAAGCCUUACCCCUCGACUACACCUGCCCCUACUCUUCCACCUGAUCCCCAUACAGAGUGCAAAGUCACACUUCUAGGCAAUGAAUAUGUAGGUAAGAAGACUAGAACAGCCAGUGGGAAGCAGUGCAUGAGAUGGGACAGCCAAAUACCACACAAGCAUACACCCUUAGAGGAUGACCAGUUUCCUGAUAAUAGUGUGAAAGAUGCAUCGAACUACUGCCGUAACCCGGACAAUGAACCCCAGGGACCAUGGUGUUUCACAACGGACGUUAACUCACGCUGGGAGUACUGUGGUAUCCCUUACUGUGAUUGUAAAGUGACCAGUAUGGGCAAAGAGUACACUGGGGCAGUGUCUGAGACCAACACAGGUUUAACAUGCCAGAGAUGGGACUCACAGACCCCUCAUGAACAUACAGAUAAUCGACCGGAACGUUUCCCUGAGGGAGACCUAGCCAUUGUAGGAAAUAAGUGCAGGAACCCUGAUGAGAAGAAUGACGGCCCCUGGUGUUACACCACAAGUUCUUCUGUGCGCUGGCAAUAUUGUGACAUCAAUUAUUGUGACUGCAAGCGUACACAGCUUGGCAAGGGCUAUCAAGGCACUAUUUGGAAGACUAUUUCGGGUAGGACCUGUCAGAGAUGGGCAUCUCAGGUUCCCCAUUCUCAUGGAAACACUGACCCAAAUAAAUUCCCAGAUUGGACACUAUACGACGCUUCAAACUAUUGCCGUAACCCAGACAACGAAGAGGGAGGUCCAUGGUGUUAUACAACAGAUAAGGACCAGAGAUGGGAGUAUUGCGCUGUACCUUUCUGUGACCUCUACCCCACAUUACAACCUCCACCACAGACCACUCCAGUAACUGAUAUUGAUGAGUUUACACAGACAUCCUCAGGUUGUACAUGUUACUGGGACAAGACACGUAAAGACUGCGCCUGCUGUAAGCCAACAGGAUGCCAGUGCCACCAUGAGUACAGACACAGGUGUGUCGCAUGUGGCAAAGCACAAGACUGCCUCAAGAACUGCCCCAAGGUGAUUGGUAGGAAUCCCACAGAUCUUCCACGUAGAGGGGGCAACUGGGCCCAUUUGAUGACAGACAACAGAUUUGUAUGUGAUGGUUACCUAGUGGCCUGGGAAUACUACAGAUCUAACCCCAUUGCCACAGUCUACCUAGGAAUAUGGCGUGCAGUGGGCAGCACACCAGGCAACUAUACACUGCAGGCCAAAACGGCACUACCACCAGCUGCUGCAGGUAAGAUCUGGUAUGAUGUCAACCCACCUAUCCCUGUAUCUGAGGGUGAUUUCAUAGGGAUCCAUUACAGCAAGUACAACCCUAACCCUGCCAUAUCCAACUCUAGGGGCAAAGAUGGCGUAGUUUCCGACACAGAGCUGUUUAAUACAAUCAACAUGCCACUGUAUGAUGAGGACUUUAAGACUGGAGACUCUGUUGAUUUUUCCAAGUGGUCAAGCGUAAAGAGCACACAUGCUUUACAGGCACAUCUAUCUGCUAUGUGUCCCCGUGGAUGGGAGAUCCACUACAACCGCAGCUGCUAUAAAGUAUUCUCAGCAUGGGGAGACCGUCUCUCACAUCCUGACGCGGUUGCUAAGUGCCAGAGCCUGGCCCCUGACUCCAGACUCAUCAGUAUAGACACGCAAGAUGAAGUGGACUACAUUGGUGCGGAGCUGAAGCUACGUGGGCAUAAUAGCUUCUUUGAGUUCUGGAUCACAAAGUGGUUGAACUUGGCUGAUCUUGGUCCUGGAAAAUGUUACAUCAUGACAAACUGGCGAAGAUCUGGGAAUGACAAUAGAGAGCGCUACCACCACUAUAUAAAGCCGUGUAAAGAGUUACGUCGAUUCAUUUGUGAAAGAACUAUGGGAUCUCCUGUGAGUCCCACACCAACCCCUCAUCCACUUGUUAAAAAUUGUAAAUUGACAAAGAAGGGUCAGGAAUACAUGGGAACAAAGGCAAAGACAAAAACAGCAAUCAUAUGCCAGAGAUGGGAUGCGCAGACCCCACACAAACACACCAAAAAUGAUCCAAAUAACUUUCCUGAUAAAACAAUUGCGGAUGCCAGCAAUUAUUGUCGCAACCCUGAUGGUGAGCCACUCGGACCUUGGUGUUAUACCACAAAUCCUGGCACCAGGUGGCAGUACUGUGAUGUCGACUUCUGCGAAUGUAAGAGCACUAAGAAGGGGAAAGAAUAUGAAGGCACUAUAGCAGUGACUAACAGUGGGAAGGUCUGCCAGGCUUGGAGCGCACAAUCCCCACACAAACAUGGUAAUACGGAUGCCAGUAAGUUCCCAGAUGAGACCCUGACUGAUGCCUCAAACUACUGCAGGAACCCAGAUGGUGAACCGAAUGGUCCUUGGUGUUACACAACAAAUGAGCGAACACGCUGGGAAUAUUGCUCCAUGCCUUUCUGUGACGACUACCAGCCUCCGGCAGAGACCACCCUACCACCUACAACCUUACCCCCUGGGUUCUGUCCAACAAGUGUUGGGAGAGAACCAUCAGAUCUCCCCCUAAAGAGUGAUAAUUGGGCAGCUUUGUUGGUAGAUGCUGUGUUCCCAUGUGAUGGGGACCUUGUAGGCUGGGAGUACUUCCUCUCUGACUCUGAGGCAACACCUGUUGCCACUGUCUGGAGACUAGUCUCCGAUAAAGUCUACAAGAUUGUCUGGAAGACACCACUAAGAAACGGUUUCCAAGGCAGGAGAGUAAUGAACUUUGAUAAAUACUUGUCAAUCAAAAAAGGAGAUAUGAUUGGUCUACACUAUCAAGGAGGUUCAAAACCAGGUAUACCAAGUAGCAGAGGGUCAGAUGGUGUAGUAGGAGACAGUGAACUGUUCAACGCUAUACAUUUCCAAGUAUUUGAUGAGUUCCUAACAGAGGGAGAUGAGAUAGACCUGGCCAGAUGGUCAACAAUUAGAGUCACAUAUGCUCUCAGAGCUCUUUUUGAUGGCAUACCUAACUUUGGAUCCACCCCUACAACUCCUGUUCCUUCCCCACCUACUUUUAUACAAGGUUGCCGCACUACUACACUUGGAAAGGAGUAUAUGGGAAUGGAGCAUAAGACAAGGGAGGGUUAUGUGUGUCAACGUUGGGACUCCCAGGAACCUCAUUCUCACUCAAGGACUGACCCGACUGCAUUCCCAGACAGAACCCUCGCUGAGGCUCGUAACUAUUGUCGCAACCCUGAUGGUGAGCC